CUGCAUCUUUCUCGUAUUCCCAAAACUUGACAACAAUAACAACCAACUCCAGGCUCAAAAAGACCUGUAGAGGGCAGGAGCAGUGCAAAUCUGUCCAUUUCCAUCACUUUCUACUGUUCGAUAUAUCGCUGGUACAAUCUGACAAACCGACAAUCGUCCCUCUCUCCACGUCACGACCUUCGCGUAUCGGGGCUUGGAACACGCUCCCCGCUCCACCUCGGGCAGACGAGAGACCCUUGACCUUGACCUAAAAAACGCAGGGUACUGGCAAAACCCGAAUUUGAGUGCCUAAAACUAACCGCACUGUCGGCGUCAGCCAACUCAUCACAUUCAUCUCAACAACAACCUGCAACUUGUCGCUUCACAUCCUCGUGACCAUUUUUUCGCAUUCAUUCAAACCACACCUACCUCUGCCCGCUUGCGGCGUCUACCAAUACAGCAUCUUCUCGUCAAGAACGCUUUUUCGCCAUGUCAUACUAUCCGGGACAGCAAGGCUACGGCUCUCAACAGCACAGUGGCUCAGGCGGAUACCCUCCUCAGGGUUUUUCAGGAGGCUCUUACCCUCAAUCACAGUCUCCUCAACCUCCGUACCAGCAGCAAAAUUUCGGCCCUCCUCAAGGUCAAGGCUGGAAUCAUCCUCCUGCACAAGUCGCACCUUACGGUUAUCAAAAUCCACCCCCGAGUGGCUACCAAAAUCAACAGCCGAACGGCUAUCCUGGACCCCGCCCUCCUUACAACAACCAGCAACAGUACUCACAAAAUGGCCCUCGGCCACCGCCUAGCGCCCCUCAGCAGUUCGGUUCAGGCGCUCCCUCGGGUUAUCAAUUUCAAUACUCAAACUGUACGGGAAAGCGCAAGGCCCUGCUGAUUGGAAUAAAUUACUUUGGUCAAAGAGGACAACUGCGCGGCUGUAUAAAUGAUGUCAAGAACAUGUCUACAUACCUCAACCAAAACUUCGGUUAUGCUCGCGAAGACAUGGUGAUCCUGACAGAUGACCAACAAAACCCCAUGUCCCAACCUACGAAAGCCAACAUACUACGAGCAAUGCACUGGCUGGUCAAGGAUGCCAAACCCAAUGACUCACUGUUCUUCCAUUACAGUGGUCAUGGUGGCCAAACACCCGAUCUGGACGGAGACGAAGAAGACGGCUACGACGAAGUUAUAUAUCCAGUUGAUUUCAGAACGGCUGGUCACAUCGUUGACGACGAAAUGCACCGAAUCAUGGUUCAGUCCCUGCCUCCUGGUGUCAGACUGACGGCAAUCUUCGAUUCAUGCCACUCAGGUUCCGCUCUCGAUCUUCCCUACAUCUACUCCACACAAGGUGUGCUCAAAGAGCCCAAUUUGGCCAAGGAAGCUGGUCAAGGCUUGUUGUCCAUUGUUUCGUCAUAUGCUCGUGGAGACCUGGGCGGCAUGGCUUCUUCGGCUAUGAGCCUGUUCAAGAAAGCUGCCACGGGCAACUCUACCUACGAACGCAACAAGCAGACAAAAACAAGUCCUGCCGAUGUGAUUAUGUGGUCCGGCAGCAAAGAUGAGCAAACGAGUCAAGAUGCCAACAUUGCCGGUCAAGCUACAGGCGCCAUGAGCUGGGCGUUUGUGACGGCAUUGAAGAAAAACCCACACCAGAGUUAUGUUCAGUUGCUGAACAGUAUCCGUGACGAGUUGGCCUCCAAGUAUACUCAGAAGCCGCAAUUGAGCUGCUCGCACCCUUUAAAUACUGAUCUACUUUAUGUCAUGUGAGGAGGCGAGUAGAAAAGACAACGAUACCCCGCAACUCUUUCCGCCCGGUUGCUGCAUAUUUUGGGAGCGAAUGAUGUUUUGUGGUCAAGGAGUUUCCGGCGCGAAGCCUCGAUUGCUGGAUAGAAACGAUAACGCGUUUCUCAUGACUGUUGCUCUCGGUUGACUCCUGCACGCCAGUCAAGGGCGUUGGGAGGCCACAACCGGUGGAAAGAGUACGAGUCACCAGUGGAAGAUGUAUGAAGAGGCCACAAAUCUCAAAAGUCAAGGUUCAUAUAAAUGUCUCCAACUUGCGCGAAUGCUCCCGCAAGUAGCUAUGUUCUUACCUGCAGUGUGUACUUCGUAUAGUAGUAAAACGAGGGGUUGCCUCCGG